AUGGUUAAUGCUCACGAUAUGGAGAAACAGCUACAAGAAGCUUGCAGUAAAAUUACCGAUUCCUUGGUGAUAUAUCAAAAAGAAGGAAGUGCUUGGAUUCUAGAUAAAAUAAUUUAUUUAGACCUGAAUAUGGCCAAAUAUACUCUACUGAAAGGUUCCAGUUAUAUUUCUCUACCGAAAAAGUUGAAUACUAAGAAAGCGAUCAUCAAUGUUAAAAAUUCCGAAGAUAAAUGUUCUAUGUGGUCUAUACUCGCCGGUGUUCACGCAGCACAUCGGGACGCAGAGAGACUACUACCAGCAGUUUAA